CCAGUCGCCCACCCUUUCCCUUUCCUCUCCUCCUCUUCCUCUCCAUCUCUCCCACGCUGCUGCUGUCUUUCCACCGCUCCAUCGCCACUGCUUUCCCUCUCAUCCCUCCCCCAUCUGUGGGAAGAUGUGCGCAUGUCGCGGAUGAGUCAAUUUGUGGAGGCAGUGCGCGCGCACGCACACACGUGCACGUAUGUUGCUGUCUCCCACAAAGGCAUCUGCUCCCGUCUGUCUUUCAGUGAGAUGCAGCAGAGAGGGGAGGGGGGAGGAUAGUAGCAGGCAGAGAAGCAGAAGAUGCUGAGGAUGCUGCCGUAGUCCGUCAUCCUUGCCUGACUUGUGAGGGAGUUUGAAGCUCUCACCUGACAAGCAUGCAGAACCGCAUUUAAGUGCGUGGCCCGGAGUUGGGAUUGGGGGUGCGGGUGCGGGAGGAGGGGGUCGCACACGUGUGAAACCAUGGCGAGCGCCCAGCCGGGGGUCCACGCCUUGAAACUCCAGCCUCCCGCCGUGUCCCACACGCUGAGGAACGGAAGCAACUUCAUUAAAUGGGAUGAGGAUCUUUCCACUGUGACUCCUGUGACUCUUUAUGUGGAUCAACAUGGACUUUAUCUGUACUGGACCGACCAGAACAAGGAGACAGAGUUGCUGGACUUGACCCUCGUGAAAGAUGUCAGAACAGGCAGAAGCACCAAAACACCGAAGGAGGCCAAGUUGCGGGAGCUGCUGGACGUGGGCAACCUGGUUGGCCGUCUGGAGAACCGCAUGGUUACCGUGGUGACGGCUUCAGACAUCGUCAACGUCAACCAGCUGAACUUCAUUGCGACUCAAGAGGAAGAAGCUAAGGUGUGGUGUGAGGAGCUCUUCUCUCUGUCUUCCAACCUGCUGAGCCACAACCUCAACAGAGACCACAGUCUGCUUAAAGCAUACGUCAAGUUGACUCUCCAGCCCAACGCAGAGGGCAGGAUUCCCGUCAAAAACAUCGUUCGGUUGUUUUCGUUGGACAGGAAGCGGGUGGAGAACGCCCUGGAGAGCUGCCGCCUACCUUAUGGACGGGGUGACGGCAUCAAACUGGAGGAGUUCACUCUAGAGGUCUACAAGAGCUUCCUGGACCACCUGUGUCCUCGCCCUGAGCUCGGAAACAUCUUUAAACUGCAGGGAGGCGAUGGCGGGACGAUGUCAGUGGAUCAGAUGACAGAAUUCAUCAACAAUAAGCAGAGAGACCCCAGACUGAACGAGAUCCUCUACCCGCCUCUGCGACCCGCUCAGACCCAAACGAUGCUUGAUCGACACCAGCAGGACAAAACACUGCUGGAGCAGGGUCUCAUCUCCGUGCAGGCGUUUUCCAGUUAUCUUUCCAGUGAUGAGAACGGCAUCAUCCCACCAGACAAGCUGGAUCAGUCUGAGGACAUGAGCUUCCCUCUGUCUCACUAUUUUGUCAACUCUUCUCACAACACUUACCUGACAGCGGGUCAGCUCGCAGGAAGCUCCUCGGUGGAGAUGUACCGGCAGGUUCUGCUGGCCGGGUGUCGCUGUGUGGAGUUGGACGUGUGGAAAGGAAGGACUGCCGAGGAGGAGCCUGUCAUCACGCACGGCUUCACCAUGACCUCUGAGAUCUCUUUCAAGGAAGUGAUUGAGGCCAUUGCAGAGUGCGCCUUCAAAACGUCACCUUUCCCGGUUAUCUUAUCUUUUGAGAAUCACGUCGACUCGUUGAAGCAGCAGGCUAAGAUGGCUGAAUAUUGUCGAUCAAUCUUUGGGGAGGCCUUGCUGAUUGACCCACUGGAUAAAUACCCUCUGGAAUCGGGCGUGCCGCUGCCCAGUCCACAAGAGCUGAUGGGCAAAAUUCUCAUCAAGAACAAGAAGUCGCACAAAGCCUCCAACAGCGCUGACGCCAAGAGGUUGACGGAGCAGCCGGUCAAUCAGGGCCACGAGCCGGUGUCUCCUAGCACGAACACGGGAGAGAUGGACGCUGAGAGUGAGGAAGAUGAUGACGAUGAAGAUGAUGAUGGUAAAAAGGGCUCAGCGGAGCGUGAGGCCGUGGCCACAGAGGAGAUGUCCACUCUGGUCAACUAUGUCCAGCCCACUAAGUUCAACUCCUUCGAAUCCUCCAAGAAGGCGGCCCGCUGUUACCACAUGUCGUCCUUCGUGGAGACCAAAGCUCUGGAGCACCUCACCAAGUCACCGGUGGAGUUUGUCGAGUAUAAUAAAUCCCAACUAAGUCGCAUUUAUCCCAAAGGAACCAGAGUGGACUCAUCCAACUUCAUGCCACAACUCUUCUGGAACGCUGGCUGUCAACUGGUGGCUCUCAAUUAUCAAACCAUAGAUCUGUCCAUGCAGCUGAACCUCUUCAUGUUCGAGUACAACGGUCGCAGCGGCUACAGGCUGAAGCCCGAGUUCAUGAGAAGGCCGGACAAACACUUUGACCCAUUCACAGAGAAUACCGUGGAUGGCAUCGUUGCCAACACCCUCUCAGUGAAGGUCCGCCUUCAGGGAGCUGCUUGUGUUCCUUUUAAAGACGUGUGUCACCUUGCCCCUGUCAAACUGUGCCUUCAGGUGAUUUCAGGCCAGUUCCUCACUGAGCGCAGGGUGGGCGUGUACGUGGAGGUGGAGAUGUUCGGACUUCCCGCAGACACCAGAAGGAAAGCUCUGAAGACCAAAACCUCGCAGAACAACAACGCCGUCAAUCCGGUGUGGGACGAGGAGCCCAUCGUGUUCAAGAAGGUGAUUCUUCCAACUCUGGCCUCGCUGAGGAUCGGCGCCUUUGAGGAAGGAGGGAAGUUUAUCGGCCAUCGCAUCAUUCCAGUGUCCGCAAUAAGACCUGGGUACCGCUAUAUUGGCCUGAGGAAUGAGAAGAACCAGUCGCUUAUUCUGCCGGCUGUGUUUGUCUACAUCGAAGUCAAAGACUAUGUCCCUGACACUUUUGCAGAUGUGAUCGAGGCUCUGUCCAACCCAAUCCGAUACAUCAACCUGCUGGAACAGCGCUCCAAACAGCUGGCGGCUCUGACGCUGGAGGACGGAGAGGACGAGGCCCAGAACGAGGAUGACGCUGACAGCGGCGCCGAGCGUAAGAACGAUCCAAAGUCAGCGUUGGUGGAGAAUGGACUCAGCCCCGCCCCUGGCCCCGCAGGCCACACCCCCAUCACGGCAACACCCAAAGCCUCGGCAGCCAGUCAGCAAGCAGCGACCACAGAUGUAGCCAAGCCUGCACCAAAGACUGAAGAUUUGGUUUUAAGUGUUUUAAUAGAUGUCCCAGUGUGCUCGCUGGCCAGCCUGCAGCAGUCCAAAGUGUACCAGAAGGAGCAGAAACGUCAGUUCAAGGAGCUGAAGGAGUUGGUGAGGAGGCACCAGAAGAAGACUGCUGAGCUGCUGAGAGAGAUCAACAACAAGUACAAGAAGACAGCCAGACAGUGCAGCAAGAGCAGGGCGACGUCUUCAGACGGUGAGCGAGAUGAGCGCCUCCAGUCGCUGAGAGACGAGCAGCAGCAGCAGCUUGUGGCUCUGAGGCAGGAACAGUACUACAGCCAGAAGUACCUGCAGAGGGAACACAUCAAGACGCUGACAGAGCGACUGAGCAGUCUGGCAGAGGAGAGCCACAGCACGCAGAUGAAGAAACUCAAAGACGUCUGCUGCAAGGAGAAGAAGGAGCUGAAGAGGCAGAUGGAUCGAAGAAGAACGGAGAAGAUCAACCUGGCCAAGAUGAAAGAGAAACAUCUGGCAGAAGAAGAGAAGAUGGAGAUCAAUAAGUCGUACGUCAAUGAAGUGGUGCAGAACAUAAAACGGCUGGAGGAGACUCAGGCUAAGCGUCACGAACAGCUGGUGGAGCAACACAACCAACUCAUGCAGGAGAUACAAGAGCAGAAACCAAAGCUGCAGGGCGUCAUCGAGGCCGAGUUUCAGGAGAAGUUCCAACGUUUGCCCGGCGAGAUUCAAGACUUCCUGCAGGACAGGAGGUCAGAGGUCAGAAGUCAAAGCAAGUCCCGGCCGUCAACCCCGAACGAACCUCUGUCAGAGGACGACUGAGGAUGAAAAGAUGCGCCGAGACAUCAAGGAUUCCUUUUGACACUGAUGGGUUAAGACUGUUACUGACGAAGGAUUUACCACAUUCUCUUUUUUAAUCAAGCAUGCACUUUGAUGUAACGCAACCUUUAUUAGAUUCAUUAAGUCUGAUUUGUCACCAACUUCAUGUCUGUCAAAAAUAGAAGUAACACCAGACUUUCAGUCAGUUUGAUAACUUCCUGUUUCAAACCAAUAUUCCAUUUUCCUUACCUAAAGCCUACAAAAUGGAACUUAGAUGGUUGAAGCACGUUUGCUAUUAAGAGCGCAGUCCAUCCUGUUGCACUGUUUGUCGUCUUUAUUAGGGAUAUUUUCAUCAAGAGUUCCAGGUUUUGAAUCAGUUAUGACACCUUAAAGGGGCCCUAUCCUAUAUUUUCGUACAGUCGUCCCUCGUUUAUCAUGGUUAAUGGGCGAUAGGUGAAUUUCCGUAAAGUAGGAUUCAUUAUUAAUAAAUUGAGUAUUUUUGUAGUCAGAGAAUAUACAGUAAAACCUGUUCAUGACCUCUUAAAAUGGGUUUUAAAAUUAUUAGAGCCCUGGAGAAAUUAAAUAACACUUUAUAGUCACCUUUUACUCAUAUCACUUAAUAUAGUAGAUCUGAUAAGCAAUAACAAGACAUACUAACUCACCAUUAGCACUGGGAAAGUUCCUUGUUGUAUCUCCAACGUACGACGUACGAGUAUUAGGGCUACAUUGAAUAAAAAUUAUAAUCUGAAAUUUUGAGAACAAAGUUGUAAAUUCACAAGAAAAAAGUUGUAAAUUCUCCCCCAAAUUCUCUUGUUGUACAUUUACAAGAAAAAAAAAAUCGUAAUAUUACGAGAAUAAAGUCGUACAUGUCCGAUAAAAGAAGUGGUAAAUUUCCGAGAAUAAAGUCAUAAAUUUAGAGAAUAACGCUGUAAAUUCACGAGCAAAAAAAGUUGUACAUAAAAAAAAAAACAUAAUAUUACGAAAAAAAAGUCAUACAUAUCUGAGAAAAAAGUUGUAAAAUAGUAAAUCGUACAUUUAUAAAAAAUAAAGUUGGAGAUUUACGAGAAUAAAGUAGUAAAUUUAUGAGAAUAAAGUUGUAAAUUUACAAGAAUAAAGUUGUGAAUUUACCAAAUAAAGUCGUAAAUUUACGAGAAAAAAGUUGUGAUAUUACAAGAUUAAAGUCGUAAAUUUACAAGAAUAAAGGUAUAAAUUUACGAGAAUUAAGUUGUAAAUUUAUGAGAAUCAAGUUGUAAAUUUACGCCAAAAAAAAGACUUACAUUUAUGAAGAAAAAAACUUUACAACUUUUUUCUCGUAAAUUUACAACUUUUUAAAAAAUGUACAACUUUUUUUUAUCGUGAAUUUACAACUUCAUUCUCAUAAAUUUACGACUUUGCUCUUGUAAUAUUACGACUUUUUUCUCUUAAAUGUACAAUUUUUUUCUCAUAAAUGUAAGAUUUUAUUCUUGUAAACUUAUGACUCUUUUUCCUCAUAAAUUGAAGUCUUUUUUUCGUCGUAAAUUUACAACUUUAUUCUGAUAAAUUUACAACAUAAAUGUACGACUUCAUUCUAAAUGUAAUGUAAAUGUAAAUGUAAAUGUAAAUGACUUUAUUCCUAUAAAUUUGCGACUUUACUCUUGAAAUAUUAUGACUUUUUUUCAUAAAUUUACAACUUUAUUCUUGUAAAUUUUGGAAAAAGUUGUAUGUUUACAAGAAGAAAUUUUUUAAUUUACGAGAAAAAAGUCGUAAUGUUACAAGAGUAAAGUCGUAAAUUUAUAAGAAUAAAGUCAUAGAUUUACGAGAAUAGUCUUGUAAAUUUAUGAGAAUAAAGUUGUAAAUUUACAAUCAAAAAAUACUUAACACAUGUACAUUUAUGAGGAAAAAAAGUUGUAAAUUUACAAGAAUAAGAUCUUACAUUUACGAGAAAAAAGUUGUAAUAUUACAAGACUACAGUCAUACAUUUAUGAGAAUAAAGUCGUAAAUUUACGAUUAAAACUUUUAAAAAGUUUUAAAAGUUUUAAAACUUUUAAAAGUUUUACAUUUUUUUUAAAAGUCGUAAUAUUCUGAAAUAAAUAAUAAUAAAAGUUCUAAAUUUACAAAAAUAAAGUUGUAAAUUUACAAGAAUAAAGCUGUAAAUUUACGAGAAUAAAGUUGUCAAUUUAUGAAAAAAAGUCGUCAUGGUUCAAGAGUAAAGUUGUAAAUUUAUAACAAAGUCGUACAUGAGAAUUUUUUUAUGAGAAUAAAGUUGUAAAUUUAUGAUGAAAAAAGAUGUAAUCAUGAGAAAAUAAUUUCAAGUUUACAAGAAUGAAAUUGUAAUAUUACAAGAGCAAAGUCGUAAAUUUAUAAGAUUAAAGUUGUAGAUUACUAGAAAAAAGGUGUAAUAUUACAAGAGUAAAGUCGUAAAUUUACAAGAAUAAAGUCGUAUAUUUAUGAGAAUAAAGUUGUCAAUUUACGAAUAAAAAAAGGUUGCACCUUUUAAAAAAAAGUCAUAAUAUUAAGAGAAUAAAGUCGUAAAUUUAUAAGAAUAAAGUUGAACAUUUACGAGAAUCAAGUUGUAAAUUUAUGACAAUGAAGUUGUAAAUUUACGCCGAAAAAAAGACUUAAAUUUAUGUGGAAAAAAAGUUGUACAUUUAUGAGAAAAAAUUUGGAAAUUUAAGAGAAAAAAGUCGGAAUAUUACAACGUCGUAAAUUUAUAAAAUUAAAGUCGUAGGUUAGCAGAAAAAAGUCGUAAUAUUACAAGAGUAAAGUCGUAAAUUUACAAGAAUAAAUUUGUACGUUUUUGAGAAUUAAGUUGUACAUUUAUGAGAACAAUGUCGUAAUAUUACAAUAGUACGUUGUGAAUUUAUAAAAAUAAAGUUGUAGAUUUAUAGAUAUUAUGAGAAUAACAUCAUACAUUUCUGAGAAAAAAGUUCUAAAUUUACAAGAAUAAAGUUGUACAUUUACGAGAAAGUUUUAAAUUUAUGAAAAAGUCAUAAUAUUUCGAGAGUAAAGUCGUAAAUGUAUAAAAAUAAAGUUGUACAUUUACGAGAAUGAAUCAUACAUUUAUGAGAAUAACGUAAAUUUACGCCAAAAAACGUAAUUAUGAGGAAAAAAUUGCAUAAGUUUACAGGAAUUAAAUUGUACAUUUACGUGAAGAGUUGUGAAUUUACGAGAAUAAGGUCGUAAAUUUAUGAGAAAAAAGUUGUACGUUUCCAAGAAUAAAGUCGUAAAUUUACAAGAAUAAAGUUGUAAAUUUACGACAAUAAAGUUAUAAAUGUAUGAGAAUAAAGUCGUAAAUUUAUGAGAAAAAGUUGUAAUAUUACAAGAGUAAAUUAAUAAAUUUACAAGGAUAAAUUCGUACAUUAAAUUUACGUGAAGAGUUGAGAAUUUAAGAGGAAAAAGUCGUAAUAUUCCAAGAGUAAAGUCGUACAUUUACAAGAAUAAAGUCGUAUAUUUAUGAGAAUCAAGUUGUAAAUUUACAACAAAUAAAGACUUGACUUUACGUGGAAAAAAGUUGUACAUUUACAAGAAUAAAAUCUUAUAUUUACGAGAAAAAAGUUGUAAUAUUACAAGACUAAAGUCGUAAAUGUAUAAGAAUAAAGUAAAAAAUUUAGGACAAAAAAGUUAUAAAUUUACGAGAAUAAAGUUGUAAAUUUACGCCGAAAAAAAGUUGUACAUGUAAAAAAAAAGUCGCAAUAUUGUGAAAAUAAAGUCAUACAUUUCUGAGAAAAAAUUCAAAAUUUACAACAAUAAAGUUGUGAAUGUAUGACAAUAAAGUCAUAAAUUUCUGAGAAAAAAGUUCAAACUUUACAAAAGUAAAGUCGGAAAUUUAUAAGAAUAAAGUCGUAGAUUUACGAGAAUAAAGUUCUAAAUUUACGAGAAUAAAGUUCUAAAUUUAUGAGAAUAAAGUUGUAAAUUCACGAUAAAAAAAAGUUGUACAUGUAAAAAAAGUCAUAAUAUUAUGAGAAUAAAAUCAUAGAUUUCUGAGAAAAAAGUUCUAACUUUACAAGAAUAAAGUUGUAAAUUUACAAGAAUAAGCCGUACAUGUACGAGAAUCAAGUUGUAAAUUUAUCAUAAUAAAGCUGUCAAUUUAUGAUAAAGCAACAACUUAAUUAUGAGGAAAAAAUGUCAGAAGUUUACAAGAAUUAAAUUAUAAAUUUAUUUUUAUUAAAAAGUCAUAAUAUUCCAAGAGUAAAGUCGUACAUUUACAAGAAUAAAGUCGUAUAUUUACGAGAAUCAGGUUGUAUAUUUAUGAGAAUAAAGUUGUACAUUUACAACAAAUAAAGACUUAAAUCUACAUGGAAAAAAAGUCGUACAUUUACAAGAAUAAAAUCUUGUAUUUACGAGAAAAAAGUUGUAAUAUUACAAGACUAAAGUCGUAAAUGUAUAAGAAUAAAGUCGUAGAUUUAGGACAAUAAAGUAAUAAAUUUAUGACAAAAAAGUUUUAAAUUUACAAGAAUAAAGUUGUAAAUUUAUGAAAAAAAGUCAUAUUUCAAGAGUAAAGUCGUAAAUUUAUAAGAAUAAAGUUGUACAUUUACGAGAAUGAAGUCGUACAUUUAUGAGAAUAAAGUUGUACAUUUUACGAGAAUGAAGUCGUACAUUUAUGAGAAUAAAGUUGUACAUUUACAACGAAAAAAGACUUAUGAGGAAAAAAUGUCAGAAGUUUACAAGAAUUAAAUUGUAAAUUUACAUGAAGAGUUGUGAAUUUACGACAACAAAGUCGUAAAUUUACGAGAAAAAAGUCGUAAUAUUACAAGAGUAAAGUUGUACAUUUACGAGAAUCAAGUUGUAAAUUUAUGAGAAUGAAGUUGUAAAUUUACGCCGAAAAAAAUACUUGAAUUUAUGUUGAGAAAAAGUUGUACAUUUACAAGAAAAAAAUCUUACAUUUAUGAGAAAAAAGUUUAAAAUUUAAGACAAAAACGUUGUAAUAUUACAAGAGUAAAGUCGUAAAUUGAUAAGAAUAAAGUUGUAGAUUUACGAGAAAAAAGUUGUAAUAUUAUGAGAAUAAAGUCAUACAUUUCUGAGAAAAAAGUUCUAAAUUUACAAGAAUAAAGUUGUAAAUUUAUGAAAAUAAGUAAUAUUUCGAAAGUAAAGUUGUAAAUUUAUAAGAAUAAAGUCGUACAUUUACGAGAAUGAAGUCGUACAUUUAUUAGAAUAACGUGGUAAACUUACGACGAAAAAAGACUUAAUUAUGAGGAAAAAAUGUCAAGUUUACAAGAAUUAAAUUGUAAAUUUACAUGAAGAGUUGUAAGUUUACGAGAAAAAAGUUGUACAUUUACGAGAAUCAUGUUGUAAAUUUAUGAGAAUGAAGUUGUAAAUUUACAAAAAUUAAGCAUUUUCAAGCUGAAAAAUGGCUUAAUGAACCAGACUUGAACACUGGAACAACAGGCUUUUAUUGCAGACGGAGAGAAGAAAGGAUCAGCAAUUAUUUAAUAGCAGUAUUAAAUGAAUACAGUAUUUAACAGCAGGAUGUAGCCAAAGUUCAACAAAAGUUGAUGAAUAAAUAAAUAAAAAGCAGUAGAAACAACAGCAGCAGACACUGAAUAGUAACAAGUCGUUUCAACCACAGUAGAGACGGAUACAAAGUGUGACGUCAUCAUUUCUCACCAAAAAAAAAGAGAAAUGCCAUGCUUCCCAACGAUGUCAUUAAAAAAAAAAGACAAAAAAGACAGGCGGUGAUAUAAAGAUGAGGCAGUACAUGAACAGGGACUUACCUCUGACAUGUCAAACAACAUGUCAAAAAAUCAGAACUCUCUUUAAUGUCAUCUUGCACCACAAAACAGUGACACUGUUCUUGUUUGGGGCGUGCCUCUACCUACAGUAAGAGGAGAAGAAAAAAAAAAAAAAGUACUUGGAUCCUGCACCAUCCCCUCAGACAACAGCUGUCCUAUCUAGUCCUGAGCAUGAGCUGAUGAAGCCUGCUCGGAUGAGAAGUGAAACAGUGCAAUGACCUGGAUGAAUGAGAAUAUCCACAGGCACAAUUGUGGCCAUGUUAGACUAGCGUUACAAGAUUGUUUGCUAGUUAAUCCUACAUGCAAGAGUACACAUCCCUAUUGCUGCUUUUUCUUGAACACGGCAGCCAGAAAAUAUUUGUUGGCUGUGUAUUGUGUACCAGUAUUCUAAACCAGAGGAAGGCAGCAAUGCAAAGAGUUUGUUUUCUGGGGAGCGAAAGACCGACCUCCAGCUCACUGCUCUCGCCACUUCACAGACAGCUGUUUUGUGAACAAAACACAGUUCGACGUCAGAUUCUCCAAUAUUCAUCCAAUUAUCCAAUAUUUACUGUUUGCCCUGGCCAAUUGCAACAGAGAAGGCGUGGCUGGGAGAGGAGCCUGCCAAAUAGAGCUGUCGGCCAAGAGGAGAAGAAUGCAGAUUUACCAUAUGUACACAACUUGAGAUUUUUGGAGCCUAUGUUACGUCUUAUUUGUGUUAUUGUGUCUACUAUAUCGGGUAAUAUGAGUGUAAAGAUGACUAUAGGGGUGUUAUUUCAUGUCUAGAGGACUCUAAUGUUAAACAACAUAUUCAGGUCGGAAACAGGUUUUCAAAGCUUUAACUACAAAAAUAUUCCUUUUAAGGAAUAAGGAAUCUUCCGUCACGGAAAGUCGCUUAUCAGGGCCUGGUCUGGAACCAAUUAACAGUGAUAAACGAGGGAUUACUCGACAUUAUUCAAAAUAACUUUACAAUACUGCCCCACUCACAUCCAAUGUCGAUUUAAACGCUCCUGAACUGAGCAGGAUAGGACCAGGACGCAUUGACUGGGACAAAUGUUUAUAUGAGCGAUCACAACUUUCUUUUUGCAUGAUGUAACUUAAAUGAUGCACUUUUAUGUAUUUAUUUACUGUUAAUCGUUAGGCGAGAGCAGGAAUUUCAAAGUAAUUUCAUUAGACUGUUAGAAUCAUGUUUAGUGUGUUGGAUCAACAUGGUUUUGACAUCCAAACUGCUGUUGGGACUUUAAAAUAAACAAUCCGAGUCUUCACAUUCGUAGCAGCAGCAUUCGCUGGCGUCAUCUGGCUGGAGCGGUGGACUUCCCGAUGGAACGUUUCUGCAUGAUGUAUGUGUUUCAAUGUUUCUUUAAAGCAGACCACUUUUCUUCAUGGUGAAUAAGAACCAACAAUGUGAUUUCUUCUGAAAUGCUUGUACUGUUUUGUAAGAAAAAGAGCUCUUUGUACAACGUUUGAGCAAUGUGUUUUAACUUGCGCUGCGUUCGACAACCUUGUUGCAGGGAACUUUUUAUGCAGCUCACUGUUGACUGGCCCAUGUUUUGAAAUCUUAGGACAUUUUUCAUGGCAAUAUUCUGUGGUCACGUCAACUCCUCGCCUUGUCUCGGUCCAAAUGAUGUCAUUAAAAAAACGUUAUCAACAAAAAGUCGACCGCACUGAGCAAGCGACUGAACCGAGCAUGCUUUACUUCUGCAAAUGUUGUGGUUUUACUGGCUCCUACUUCAAGACCACUCAGAGAACUAUUAAAAUGUUUGAACUAAAAGCUGUUGUUGCAAAAAUAAUUCAGAUGAAUUAUGUUCUCAAAGCUAUUAAAUUGGUCCUAGUCGUCCCUCACCGCUUUGCAGUUCAAACAUUGUUCCCUCACUCUAUCACGGUUUUUCAAAAAUGCAUUAAUAAAUGACCAGUGUUCCAUGCUUGACUAUGGCCUAGUCCAUAAAUGUUGAAAGAUACUGUAAGUUACGUGCAGUAUUCUCAUCACUAGGUGUCAGUAAUGUUACAUUACAUGGCAUAGAGUCAGCCAUUAAGAGCCAAUAGCCAAUAAGAGUGAGAAAAAGUUAUCCUCCCGUUCUGUGUGGAAGUGGUACGUUUUUGGCUUUUUACUUUGUCCUUCCCCACUUCAUUGGAAACCUUUUCUCAAAUUUAGAAUAAAUUGGAGGCUAACUAGUUAGCUCAGCAUCUUGCUAUGCUACAGGGGCUACCAUCUCUUAUGUCCCUUCAGUGAUCCCAUAGCCUGUACAAUAGUAAAAAAAAAAAAAAAAAAAAAAAAAAAAAAAAACCCUAAACUUAUUUAGAAAUUCAUGCACAGGGUUUCCAUGCUCUGAGAAAAUAUUCCAUUUAUUAAUAUUGAAUCCUAAUUUGCAGAUAUUCGGAUAUACAGUGUUCCCUUGCUCCAUUCUUGCCGUGGUCAUGGCCAUAGACAUAGAUAGAUGGCGCAUCGAAUGGGUUUGUCCACUGCGGUGAUACGUCAACUUUGCCACCAUAUUGAAUGUAUCAAGGCUGCGCUGUAAAUGUAAAUGCACUUAC